GAACCAAGCCCAACAACACACGGCGCCGCCCACCCAUCCACACACCCACCGGCACACGCAACGCCAUCAUCGUCGCUCGUAGCAGCAGUAGCGUACCACACUUCGCACCGCGAUCGUCCGUGUUUGUGUCGUCCACGGGAAGGGACCGAGAGGCUUGGAGGAAAGGAGGGGAGACUCACUCGGCAUGGAUUUGUACGGCGCGGCGGCGGGCGGGGGACCGGUGGCGAGGCGACCGUGGAGCAAGGUGGAGGACAAGGUGUUCGAGAGCGCGCUGGUGCUGUGCCCGGAGGACGUCCCCGACCGGUGGGCGCUCGUCGCGGCGCAGCUCCCAGGGCGCACGCCGCAGGAGGCCUUGGAGCACUACCAGGUGCUCGUCGCCGACAUCGAUCUCAUCAUGCGCGGCGCCGUCGACGCCCCCGGGUCCUGGGACGAUAACGACGGCAACGACCGCCGCGGCGGCGGCGGCAAGCCCCGCGGCGAGGAGCGGCGCCGCGGCGUACCCUGGUCCGAAGACGAGCACAGGUUGUUUCUCGAGGGGUUGGACAGGUACGGGCGGGGAGACUGGAGGAACAUCUCGCGGUUCUCGGUGAGGACGCGGACGCCGACGCAGGUGGCGAGCCACGCGCAGAAGUACUUCAUCCGGCAGGCCAACGCCGGCGCCCGCGACUCCAAGCGCAAGAGCAUCCAUGACAUCACCACCCCUUGACCAGCGUCGGCGACGGCGACCCACCCCCUUUCUUUGCAACUCUUUGGAUUAAGUGAAACAAGCAAGGGGUAGGCGAUGACGUGUACAUUAUAUCCUACACCACAACAUAGGCAAGUAGUACUGUCAAACCGUUUGUCACUUGGGGCUCUCUGAUCCAUAACCGUGGACGGCCUACUUGCCGGAAACAGAGGCUGUUGAGAGCUCCGGUCGGCACACGGUUUGGGCUUUAGGUUUUUCAGCAUUAAUUAGGAUUAGCUAAGUCAAGGACUAAUGGGGUUUGACGUGGCAACGUCGUGUCUAGGUUUGGUUGAUGCAGACGAAGAUGUCACUGUUAAUAUGGGUUUUGUGCUUUUGUUUUGAUGAAUGAUGCUGUCGAAAUCAUUUUACAUAGUCA